AUGAAUAGGCCUUCAAGAUUUUACAGAGUACUGGCAGGUCUUUUAGUCUACAUAUCUUGUGUAGUUUUCACCAGUGCAGAUCCCACCGGUAUAGAUUACAUUUGCGGCGAAAACGUCAUUCUUCAACAAAACAUACAAAAUUCCUAUACGAGUGCCUGUUACGCCCUCGUGAAACCAGAGGUAAGAUCAAAAUACCCAGCAGUAUACGAUGGAUCAACUACCUUUCAUGUUUUUGACGCUGUCCUGUUCGCCUGGCCUCUUUUAAAAAAUAACAAAGUAUAUGCUAAAGGGCUUCCUGGAGAUCUUCGUUUAAUCAUAGACUCAAGCUGCAAUUUCUUUGGAAUCAUCAUCAGAUCCAAAACUUCACCAGACCGACGUUGCUAUCCACACAUAGAACUACCGAGAGAAAAUGAUCUCUUUCACAGCCGUGACGUAAGAAUGCUACCAGGAUUCCGUGGCUACAAAUGUGAUAAAAGAAUAUAUGAUAUUAUACGACUAGAGUAUGUCCUUCAAGAGACUCUCAAAAAAUAUAAGAUUUGGGAAUCUCAGAAUAGUGUUAGCAUUCCCAAAGGACUAACAGCUAUUGAUCAGCUGUUUGGAGAAAGUGUCUUGUUGCUUCCAAGCCAAGUUAUCAAUUCUCCAGCAGAGAUUAACCAUUUGCCUCUCUAUCUAAGCCUUAUGGUGAUAGAUUCUCAGCAUCAGUUAUUAGGUAUGGUAAACAGAGUCGGCACGCGAUGGGAAAAGUGUGCUGUCCUCUGGGAGAGAGAGCCGGAACUACCCCGGGUCGUGGAUCGGACAAGAAAUUCAAUUGGCGAGCGACUUUUCAGUGGUGCGGGCGGUUACAGAUGCAAAUCACUCCUAUUUACCCGCGAGUCGGUUAAUAGCCACAUGCAGGUAGCCUGCACGUUAAUAACGCCGCCAGAUGGCAUUCCCGCUAGCAAUUGGAAAAUUAAUCUUACUUCAUUGGGAAUUAAACCCAUUAUAGGGAAACAUGAACUUUGGAAAAUGAAUUUGAAACUGCCAGAAUCAAAUGAACCUGUUGAUGUGAUAAAUACAAAGAUUUCGAACAAAGCCGUCAUUGUUCUCGAUCAGCAAUGUAAUUUCUACGGGGUUUAUUGGCACGCUUUCAAAGUUCUUACAUUAUGCGUCGACCUAUCACUUUUCCCUUCGCCUAAAAGACCGAGGUACAAAAGCUAA